CGACUCGCUGCCAGCUGGACAGACUUGUUGAAGGCGGCAGCAUUCAAGUUGGAGCCAGUUCGCGCUUCAGCCUUCAAGUUCAGGUUCAGUAGGUAUCCUGUGGAGUGUGGAAACCGCUGGUUGAGCGGAAGUCUGCUGUGCGACGACUUCAUAUUGAACGUCUUUUGUCUGCACAUGCUGUACACAGCUGAAACUAGCGGAGACUGCUCGUCUGCUUGAUUCUACAGCUCUUUGCGUUGUAGAUGGAUUCAGAAACCUGAGAAAGCCCGUUUUAUUUGCACUUAGAUGAUUUCCCAGGGUCGCCAUGUCACAACAGAAGAUAGGAGAGUGGUAGGCAGGCUUCGCAGUAGCUCUCUUGUGAAGCACCACCACUUCGGUUCUUUUCAAAUGAUAAGUGUAGCUAAACCCGUGUAUCUGAAUGAUACUGGUUAUCUAAUGUGUUGAUAGCCAUACCACUUCUUGUAUCCGAAUUGAGCUACGUGUGGUGCUCCUUUGAGAGAGCUAGGAUACAUUGAUUGAAAACUCAAUCAACGAGGAAACUUGAGGCGCACUCUGUGAGUGGGGGCGCCAGCCUUAUGGAGCCCCCUGUCAUACCCAAGACGGAGAAGCAGCUGAAAGAAGAUCUGGGUGAUUGCAUCAUGGGAAGCUCCUAUGUGUAUUCCCUUCUUGGAUGCGCCGUUGCGAUACCUCUUGGGAUUCGUCGAAAGUCUCUGAUGCCUCUGGUUUUCCUAGGGUGCACAGGAGGAUUGCUAGAUCUCAUACAGGGAUAUAGGAGUUGUCUCGAACAGCAAAGAGCUCUGGACGAAUUUCGAGAAAGGCAAAAACGGGAAUUUGGUUGACAGCGGUCGACCUUCUGCAGUGUCUCCAAUAUGGAUGCAUGUAGUCAUCAUGUCAUGUGAUCUGUACGUUUAGCAAGGGCUGUAGCAGGAUGUUCUUCGCAAAGGGAGACGUCUGAAUAUCGAAUCGAAUCAUGUAUCGUUGCUACUGAAUCGAUCAUUGCUUAAACUCUGUCAAACUUCAAC